CUGCAGACUUGAACGCGUCACACAGACCCGGAAGUGAGUCGUCAUUGGCAGCACGGAAAGUGAGCUGCCUUAAAUAACCCUCAGAAAAGCCGUAUUGCCGUCCUCCUGCGUUAGGUCGCCAGGCUGCAUUCCAUCAAUAAACCGAUAAGUGAAGGCGUUUAUGUCGAGUUGUGACGUUAUCCUAAUCGGUAAACAGCGUUGCUGGCUCCUCUCUUACUGUCUUUAGUUAGCUUAGUUUGCUAACAUUCGCGACGUUUCGGCACGCGAGUAAAUGGGAUAGCUGUUCCUCUUUGCGUUUUACCACGGGAGGCAGUUCUGCUGAGUCUGUCCGCUCUGCAUAUAACCUCCUUGUAGGAGACUGUUAUGGAACCGCACGGGGCCGCGGGCUGCGUGAACAUCGGGACCCUAACGAGCACUCUGCCGGUGAUCCCCUACCAGAAGCUGACGGAUCUGUACUACCUUAGCAGAGGGGGCUUCGGAACCGUCUUCAAAGCGCAACAAUCCGACUGGAGAACCACUGUGGCCAUCAAGUGCCUGAAGCUCGACGCGGUCGGAGAAAGAGAGAGGAACUGCCUGCUGAAGGAGGCUGAGGUGCUUCACAAAGCCAGGUUCAACCACAUCAUCCAGAUCUUUGGCAUCUGCAAUGAGCCCGAGUUCUUCUGCAUAGUUACAGAGUUUAUGAGCAACGGCUCUCUGGACCAGCUGCUGCAUGAGAAAGAGCUUUACCCUGUUCUCGCCUGGCCUUUGCGUCUGAGGAUUCUGUACGAGAUUGCCCUGGGGGUUAACUUCCUUCACAACAUGACUCCGCCUCUGUUACAUCAUGAUCUAAAGACGCAGAACAUUCUGUUGGAUGGUGAAUUUCAUGUGAAGAUCGCAGACUUUGGUCUGUCAAAGUGGCGGCAGCUGUCUGUGAGUAAAGGCUCUGGGUCCAAGCCCACAGAGAUGGAGGGCACAGUGAUCUACAUGCCCCCUGAGGAGUACGAACCAUCUAAGACCCGGCGGGCUGAUGUGAAACAUGACAUGUACAGCUAUGCUAUCAUUAUGUGGGAGGUCCUGUCCAGGCAGAUUCCAUAUGAAGAGGUGACGAACCCCAUGCAGAUCAUGUUCAGUGUGCUGCGCGGGAAGCGUCCCGACACCAGCCAGGACAGCUUGUCUGUUGACAUCCCCAGCAGGGAGACCCUCAUCAGCAUAAUGACCUGUGGCUGGACCGCUAACCCCGAUGAACGACCUUCCUUCCUCAAGUGUUUAAUUGAGUUGGAGCCAAUGGUGAGAAGGUUCGAUGAAAUAGAGUUCGUGGAGGCUGUGCUGGAGAUCAAGAAAUCAAAGUUGAGGCAGAGAUCAGGCUGCUGUUCAGCUCAGCCUCCAGCGUGCGAAAAGGGGAACGAGGCCGGAUCUCUAGAUAACCUGAAGGAGUCCUCCACACCGUGGCCUUUGCAGUGCACCUCACAAGCCUCCAGCUCAGGAUCCUAUUCCCCCCAGGAAGAAAAUGUCUCUCUACCAGGCGCCCUCAUCAGCACCAAUGCUGCUUCCUCUAAACAAUGCCUUCCCUCCUCCUUCAUAGCUCCUAACCUGGAGCAUCCACAGUCUCUGAAAGACCCCUGUGAGGUCAACAUUAACGGCUUCCAGAGCACCAAACCGAUGAAUGAUUUAAAUAUUCCUGUUACACCAGCCAUGCCAACCAUACAGUCUGAAACACUGAUGGGUCAACUCCAGCUGAAAGCUGAUCACUCUCCUCCUCUGCACCACUCCCCACCUUCACAAGGCCCGGUCGCCCGCUGGAUCGCCACACGCCGCGAGGACAUCGUCCUCCAAAUGACGGAGGCGUGCCUGAACCAGAGCCUGGACGCGCUGCUCGCCCGCUCCAUGCUGAUGCGCGAGGAUUACGAAUUGGUGGUCAACCAGCCCACGCGCACCGCCAAGGUCCGUCAGCUUCUGGACAACUGUCACAAACAUGACGAGAAUUUCUGCCGCAUCGUCGUGCGCAAGCUGGUGGACAACAACCAGGGCGGCCUGAAGCCGUACCCUCCUGAGAUCGGCUUCCCCACCACGACCGCGGUCCCCAGCGCACCGCCGCUCUCCUUGUCCUACAGGAACUUGUAGCAGCAGCAGCCAGAGGAAAGCAAACAGAAACUUUUCAGGUUGUUGGCAGCAUUACACUACAGUUCACCCUGCGGCUCUGUUCUCAACAUAUUCACUCCAGUUUCUAACUGGGAAUGUCAGAAGGGACAAGCUGGCUGGGCAUUAUUAGUUACUGGUGCAAAUUUAAUAUCCACCCUGAAAAUUAGAUGUUUUUAUGAAACCAAAAGGCUUUAGACUGUACAAGUGAUUUUAUUUAAUGGUUUUGAUUGGAGAGGACUUAUUUCUGUUGCAGGUUUUAACUCACAAUGGUACCAAAACUCUGGACCCAUUUAGGUAAGCCCAGUGUGUGGUCAGACUGUGUAUGGAUACAGAUCUCCUUGUUGGUACUUAUUCAGUUAGAUGAGGUAGCAGAAGGACUGUUGGUACAUUGUUCUGGAAAACCUCAAGCAAAAUAAGGGUUACUCCUGAAAUCGUGAUCUUAUCUGCAAGUAGUAUUUAUUUCUCUAGGUUUAACUUUCCUGGUUAAGUUUACUGUUCCAGUCCAGUUAGUAUUUGACCCUCAGUGUCUCUUAGUGUGGAGGAGAGGGAAAACUGAGGUUCAACACUUAGACGUGUAAACAUGCCUGCUGAAAUGAGCGAAGUUUCAUCUUCAGUCAUAUUGAGUGUGUACUGUAAAACCCUGAACAAGAGAGACGUGUGUGUGUUCAGUGUUAAAAAUGGACCAAGAUAAUCUGCUGUUAGUUUGGGACUUUUGGCCUCGCCUCACUCUGUAUUCCUGCUUUUGGUAGCUUUGCACUUUUCUGAAAACUUCCAAAAUAGAUUUUCUUCUAAAAACUUGUAACUUUAGUCCCGCAUUCAGAGGUGUAGAUAUUCCAGAAGGCACAUGUGAAGAAAAUCAUCCUUGCUCUCCAGGUAGCAAAAGUGAACCAAACUACGUUGUACAGAAAGUCAGACUAAUAAUGUUUUCUCUGCAGCAACCAUAGUAAAGAAAAUAUAUUUCCCUCUGUGGGAAACUGGUAGCAAUCAGCAGGCAUGUUAAAGAGGAGGACCUUUCUGUAUACAGAAAACUGCUGUGGUUCUGCUAAAAUAUAUUUAUUAUAUUUAUUUUUGUAUCAGGGCUCUUUAAAACAUUUUUUACCCCUGGUAAAGAUGGGUAAAUAGACCUAGUAUACAAAAUUUAGAUAAUUCUAAGCUUUUAUUUGAGCAAAGUUGUUCUGUGAGUGGAAAAAAAAAAAAUACUUUGGGAAAUAUUUAUGUUCAACCAAACCAACAGCAGCACAAUUAUCAGCAUCCCUGCUGUCUAUACCUUGGAUAUUGUUUUUACCAGUAGGACAGCAUUUGGUCUUAUCCUCUAAUAUCUGUUUUGGCUCAUUAUCUUGCUGAAAGUUUCAAUGGUGACAAGGUUCCCAGGGCUUUUGGAAGAGAAACUGACCCACAGCAUUACAGAUCCUCCUCCACAUUUAACAGUAGGCAUAAAGUGCUUUUCCACCUAGUUAACCAUUGUUCCACACCAAACCCAGCCAAGUCCCUCACCAUCCUGCUCAAUGUGUGUGGCUCCAGAUAAAUAUGGGUCCUCAUCCAGCCCAGUGGCUAAAAGAAAUGGGCCUCUGUGUUACAUCAUAUUUAUGCCCCUUUGAAAAGAAAGUCAUGGAUUACAAUUUAGAAGUUCCCAGAAGCUUAAAAGUGAUGCAUUGAUUUUUAAAAAGAGUGCUAUGGGAACCAAUAAUUGUGCCACAAGUGAUUUUGUUGAAACUUGGGAACUGUACUCAAAUUAAAGGUUGGAUUUUUCUUAAAAUUUUAGGUUGAGUUUAUUAUAAAUGAUUUAUUUAGAGCCACGUUUGUAGGAAACAGGAGUUCCUUCAAAUACGGGACUGGUGAAGGCCCAGUGCCCAAUGGGAGGAGCAUAAUUGUAUAAUUUAUUACAGUGUCAUGGUAUUUGUAAUCAUGAUAAACAUGAUCAUAAAAAGGUUGUAUAGAAUUCAUCAUACAUAUUUUUUUAUGCUUUCAAACUUGUUGCAUCCAGUCUAGUUCCUGACGACCCCAAAUAGUGCUUUAACUCUGAAACUUUCCAACCAUCAGAGCGUCUUCAUGAUGCUGCGCCUGUGGGUCUGUUUGUGUGUAAAAGAGAGAAAUCUCUGUAAAACAUGAUUACUAAGUGGGCAUUCAAUGCUGAUAUUGUAAGAAUCAUAUAUUAUUAGUGUGGCUAGCGUAUGUGGCUAUUAACAGCAGUGUGUGUGUGUGUGUGUGUGUGUGUGUGUGUUCUCUGGAGAAUUCACUGUAAUCUGUUCAGACUUCCUGUUGUCAGAGCUCCCUCCUCCUUGUUUAAAUAGCAGCAGCCCCGUUAAACAAGUGACACGUCUCCAUUUCCUUUCUGGAACCUUCUAACGUUAUUUCAUUUUUAAACAACUCACUUUGGGUCUUCCUACAGUUACAGCUUCCCCACUGAAGAGUGUUGUUGCUAGGGCAACCUGGUGGCCGUUAGGUUUGGUAAAUUUUCUCACCAGAUAAUCAUCAGAUGCUUCUCAUCAGAUGAGCUGAAAAUCCGGAUGAUUCCGUGGAGCAUCUCUAGUUAUAUAAAGCCCAAUCAAUUCUAAACAUUUUGAAACGAUACUCUACUGCUCGCAGCUAUAAAAUGAAAAAUUAUUUGCACUUUCCAAAAAUGAUAUGGUGUUGCCUCUUUUCUUUUUUUUCUUUUCGUUAUCGUGGCCUUUGUUUCCUCAAAUUGGUGCUUAAACUACGGUUACUGCUGGGGCAUUUAAACUUUGUUCCAUGCAUGCUAUCAUCACCGAAUAAUUAUUGUCUCGGUUACAUUUCUGGGACUAAAUGCACAUAUUGUCUUUUUAUUUUGAGGACAAGACUCUGUAUUGCCCAGAGUAAAUCACAUUUCAUUGCUAAGGUGGCCCAUUCUUAGAAAGCAAUGUCACCCGGAGUUAUGAAUGUGUCAAGAUUAGGGCCAGGAGAGGUCCAUAUGCUUCCAUAUGUCGGACAUGUCUUUGAAAACUGUGCCUCGUAUUCUGCUUGUGGUCUCGACUCUUAUUAUGUUAAUUAUGUGGAAAACUCUUUACACACACAUCAAAGUUGAGGAAUAAAAUGUGACAAAUUUGAUAACCUGUAUAUGUUCUAUAUUUUAUACUGUAUGUCAUAAUUGCAUUAUUUUAAGUAUUUGUGAAGUUUGUAUUUUUGUGGAUAAAAUGCAGAACUGACCUAAACUAGUUAACGUCUGUGGUUGUUGGUCAGAAAAUAAUGUUUUGGUUGAUGUGUAGCUGCAGUUACAACUGAAACGUUUUCAAAUGCAAUAUCAUUUACUUCAUUAAAAUAAAUAGGCUGUUUUUAUCGCUGCCUGCUGUUCUGCUGAUUUACCUGUUCUGAUUGUCUGUCUAAUUCUGCCAAUGGUGAAGUAUGGGCCUUGAAAAAGUAUUCAUACCCUUUUGAGGUUUUUUCACAUUUUGUCAUGCUACAACCCUGAAUCUCAAUGCAUCCUAUUGGGAUUUUCUGUAUUACAUCAACACAAAGUAGUGCAUAAUUAUUUUUCUAAUAAAAGGAAACCAAACA